AUGUUGUUUUUAAAAAUUGUGAGUGACGUGCAAGCGAAUAACUCGUGGUUUCAAGAGACGCUGGGUGCGACUUUGAAGAAGAUUUUUACACCGAUGCAAAAAGUUACGUCGGCGAUUAAGCUACUUGCAACCGGUAACCCUCCAGACGAGUACGACGAACCUACGAGCCACGACGUUGCGCUCUUGUACCAAGCUCAUGAGGAGAAAUAUCACCUUCCUGGGAUGUUGGGUAGUCUUGACUGUACACAUUUUGUUCGGAGAAUGUGUUCAACGGAGUUGCGGGGCCAAUAUAUGAGGGGGGAUCACAUUUACCUGACAGUUAUGCUCGAAGCAGUGGCCUCUCAAGAUUUAUGGAUUUGGCAUGCGUUUUGUGGUCCACCAGGUUCACAAAACGACAUCAACGUGCUCCAACAAUCUCCGUUAUUUCUUACUCAACAAAAUGGAACUGUACCAAAAUGCCCAUUUUACGUGAACAACCACUUGUACAAGCGUGGAUACUAUCUUACCGAUGAAAUCUACCCUACUUGGUCCGUGUUUGUGAAAUCAUUUUCGUAUCCUCACAUUGUGAAAGAAAAGAAGUUCAAGAGGCAACACGGGGCGGCAAGAAAAGACGUGGAACGAGCUUUUGGUGUUUUAAAGGCAAAAUGGGACGACGGAAAUGCGAUUGCACCGGUUCAUAUUCGGGAUCCUCUAGUUGAGCCCGUUUUCGAAGACACUGUUUAUAACAAGCUCAUUGAUAAAGAUACGCAUUAUAGACUAAAAUAUGAUCUUGUGGAGCAUCUUGGAGAACAAGAUUUAUCCCACCUUUUGGCGGAUUCCGACGACGAAUAG